AUGUCUGUCAAGCAGACGGCGGAUCUUUUGACUCUGGUUGAUAAUUUCUACCUUCGCAAUGGACUUGAUCAAGGAGACCAACUUACUUGUUAUGAAUUCGUUAAGAAUGCUUUCCCAGGGAAGAAUAUCGAGGAGCCUGCAUGUCAAGGAUAUUGCUCGCUGACUUUUUUGGUGGGAGACGAUAUCGUUAUUCAAUUUCGACCUGAUAAAUAUCGAUUGAAUCUCAUGACAACUCAUGCUGCACGAGAGAUACACGGGAAGUUUUGCCCUCGAAUCACUUAUGUUACCAGUCUCCCGAAAUCCGGAUUGUUAGUAUAUUCGAUGAACCGAUUACCUGGUGUCUCAUUUAAAGAUUUCCGAGCAAGCAACACAUCUCUAGCUAUCAAUACCGAUACUCGAGCAAUUCUAUGUAGAGAUUUCGCCGCAUUUCUAGCAGUAGGAUGGCAUCGAAAAGAUUGCGUAUCUCUUCCGCGUGGUAUUGUAGGGUCAUCAUUACUAUCUCGCCUUGAAUUACUAUGCAAGGAUCUACCAGUCCGAUUCCAGCCAUUAGCUAAAAGAAUUCGCAAAGAUAUGCGAUUCGUUGAAUCUAUGCCAUGGGUACUAACUCACGGCGACAUAAUUCCAAGCAAUAUCAUGAUCAACCCCCUUACGCACCACCUUACUGGACUUGUUGAUUGGGCAGAAGCCGAACCUCUACCAUUUGGAACCUGUUUCUAUGGACUCGAGGAGAUUCUCGGUGAAAUUACGCCCAUCGGCUUUCGUUACCAUGCCGAUGCGACAUAUCUGCGAAAUAUUUUCUGGAUCGAACUCGUUACUUUGAUCCCUGAGUUGAAACAAGAUGAAGUGAUGAGAACAGUUCAACUUGCGAGAGAUUUGGGGGUAUUACUUUGGCACGGUAUUGCAUGGGACGAUGGUGCCAUUAAUCGAGUUGUAAUGGAGGAGAGAGACGAGGAUGCAGAUGAGAUAAGGAGAUUAGAUGCUUUCUUGGAUACUGAUGUUAGAGCCCAGAUUACUUCUGAAUCAGAGCAUUCGUCAAAGCUUUAA